CCCAUCACAACUGCUCUUCAAAGGUACUCCAUCAAGAGGCGGAAUUCGGGUUUCAGAUGAGGUGUUAUUCCAAGCUGGAUCCGUACUGGCGCACCUGAAUGCAAGAUUGAUAGACUGCACUUGGGAGGCCAACGCCAAUUCCGUUCUCUUCAGUAAGGCGAGAGCCAGAACUCGUUGUCACGUAGUGGAGCUCUGAGCUUGAACAACACCAUCUUAUCCAUCAUCCUAUAAGCAGCCAGCGGCCAGCGGCCAGCAUCCCACAUCCAGCAGCCAGUAUCCAGCAGCCAGUAUCCAGCAUCCAGCAUCCAGGGACCUCAUCCUCUCUCGCUUUAUCACCCCAAAAUUCCCGUUGCCAAUAAAGGCGUCAACCCAGAGCAGCUCUUAGGACCAUUAUUGCGCAUUGAUCUCUCACCAUGUCUUACAGUCCCGACGCCGUGCUGGCAAAGCUGUCGGCACUCAAUGAAAGCCACGACAGCAUUGCAACUGCAGCUCAAUGGAUUAUGUUCCAUCGCCGACAUGCAGACAGCACCGUCCAGCUGUGGCUACAGAGACUUAAAGACUCCCCCAGCCCCAAGCGGCUCAAUCUGAUCUACCUUGCAAAUGAGGUGACCCAGCAAUCCAAGGCCCGUCACAAAGAAGAGUUUCUUGUUGCCUUCUCACCUGUCAUCGCCGAGGCUACGGCCACUGCUUACAAGGGCGCGACUGCGGAAGUCCAGAAUAAGCUUCGACGAGUGGUCGAUGUCUGGAGAGAGCGCAACAUAUUCGAACAGCCAAUUCAGGCCGCGGUGGAAGCGCGAAUGGACGAUUUGGACAAGGCGCGUGGCACCGCCAAGAGCACUGGGUUUGGAGGCUCAAUCUUCGGGUCGUCGUCGGCUCUAGCUUUCCCUCCCGAGCUUAAAGACCUAGUCGCUCCCCAGCAAGCUGUCUCAAAGCAGCUUCUCCCAGUAAAGAGCUCCUUGAGCACCGCCAAUACCGAGUACGAGAAGCUCAUGGAGUCCACCACCCCGCUUCCGGCCGCCCCGGUCUACGCCGCCCGGCUGAACGGGCUGUUGAGGCACCUUGCGAACGCGGAGAGCGCCGUAGCGGAGUCUGUCAAGGCCCGCAAAGCGCUAGUCGCUGCUUUAGAGAAGAUCCUAGACACGAAUCGCCAGACUAUGGAAGCAGACGAGAAGCAGCAGAAAGACCUGGCGAUCCGCAAGACCAUCAUCGAGGAUAAGAAACACGAAGUCGAGCUGGCCAUUAUGCGCAACUUGUCCACUAACGAGGAGGCCCAAUCUCCAGGCGAGGGCCCGUCCGCGAGCCCAGGAGCCGAGAUUGACCGACCCGAAGUGGAGGCCCUGACACCACCCCCUGCGCAGGAUGAUCAUGACUUCUAUGAUAAUUAUCCUCCUGCCCAUUCGGAGAACGGGCAGCAUCAGUCUCCUCCCCCGCCUCCUUACUCGCACACUCCUCAGGACCGCCACCAGCAACCCACCUUCCCGUCGUCGGCUCCUGGGAUCGAGAUGCUUUCGAACCUCGCGUCUCAAUAUCAAGCCGUCCCGGUCGCGCUGAAUGGGUCGAACAAGCGGCGAAGAGUCGAUUCUAGAGAGGAGUUCCCGGACCUUGGUGGUGAUGACGGGAUAGACGACGAAGUGGCCGAGAUUCUUCGCAAGGAUGGCAGUGGCUCCUGAGUUCGGAGAGAGGGACUAGGUUCUGACUUCUUGCUUAAGACCCAGCGGCUCACUUGCCGAUGCGUACUUGGUUGUUUUUUCAUGCCCUAUUUGGUUUUACCCUUUUUAGUGAGACGCCGACCGGUGGUCCCUCCGUGUGUGUUCCUUUUGCUACUUCAUUGUACUGUACCUCGAACCCAGUGGCCAUUGUAGUAGGAAUCCAAUCAGUCCAUAAGCAGACCGACAACUUUUUGCAUAUAAGAAAGAGUACGAGAGUGGAAUGACACGAGAUGCU